AUGUCCCUCAUCAUGGUGUACAACUCCCUCACAGCACUAUCUGACAGCUAUAAAGGAACUGUUUUUGAGAAGAGGGGGAAGAAGAAGAGAAAAGACAGAUGGACCUUCCUAGUGUCUGUGCUGGACAGGCACUUACAGUUGACAGGGGCAGCUUCUUUAAGAAUAAAUAGCCAGGGUGGGUUCAAGAAGGUGUGUCGCACAGAGGAGGACUGCCCGUGCCCCUUCCCAGGAUUGGCCUCAGGAGUGCUGGAGAUGCGUGUCAAGGAGGGCAGUAAGAUCCGUAACCUCAUGGGUUUUGCCAUGGCUCGCAUGCAGGGGGAUGUCAGUGGUGUUGGGGUUAGUGGAGGCGGUGGCCUGAGGCAGGUUGUUUUCUCUGGGUCAGGUCGUGCCGUCACCAAGACCAUCACAUGCGCUGAGAUCAUGAAGAGAAAAGUGGGGUCUCUGCACCAGCUGACCAAGCUGCGCUACAAGGGUGUGAGGGAGGUGUGGGAGAGCCACGAAGGGGGGGCAUCGGAGAUGACUGUUCACAGGACCGUCCCCUCCAUCAGCAUCCUUUUGUCCAAAGACCCCCUGGACCCCCAGGAGCCCGGCUACCAGCCCCCUGAGACUCUCAGUGCUCUCUGGGAGGACAGAGACAGUGUGGAUGCCCCACAGACAGCCAGCAAGAGACCUCUUGGUCUGUCCCCAUACAGCAGUUUCCCUGAAUCUAAGAGAGUGUGUCUGGGUCUGGAUGACGGGACUCUGGCUCUGUCCACCCCCCUGGCUAACUGA